AUGGUAGUGUUUGAACAUGUAAGCCCGUACGUAUCACGACGAUCAGAUUUAACCAGCUUGAACAGCAUUCAAGAAUUUAUCAUUGUUUUGAUGAAGUUACGGUUAAAUGUACCAUUUCAAGACUUCGCAUACCGUUUUGAGGUGUCCUUAACAAGUGUGUCAAGGAUAUUCACCUCAUGGAUACAUGCAAUGGACUCGAGGCUGUCUUGCUUCAUUCAUUGGCCUGCAAGGGAACAGCUGUGGAAAACUAUGCCAAUGUGUUUUCAGUACACCUUUGGUCGUAAGGUUACUGUAAUAAUUGAUUGUUUCGAAGUUUUUAUUGAGAAACCAACAAACCUUAUGGCCAGAGCUCAGACCUUUUCUUCAUAUAAGAACCACAACACUGUUAAGAUUUUGAUUGGAAUCACACCCCAAGGCACUAUCUCAUUUGUUUCUGAGGCUUGGGGAGGAAGAACAUCAGAUAAAUUUCUGACUGAGAACUGUGGAAUCCUAGAAAAAUUGAUACCAGGAGAUACUAUAAUGGCAGAUAGAGGAUUUACAAUUUCUGAGAGUGUUGGUUUGAAGCAAGGAAAGCUAGUGAUUCCUGCAUUCACCAAAGGAAAAGCUCAGCUGCACCCAGUAGAUGUAGAGCGUUCAAGAGGCAUAGCGAAUGUGAGGAUCCAUGUGGAGCGAGUGAUAGGUCUACUACGAAGGAAAUAUACUAUAUUAGAAGGAACACUCCCCACUAAAUUCUUGAGUUGUGACCAGAACGGUCCCACAGAAAACCAGGUACCCAUAAUAGACCGUAUUCUAAGAGUUUGUUCAGCCCUUGUAAAUUUUUGCCCAUCAACAGUACCAUUUGAUUAGCUAGUUUAAAUGAAUUUUUAUUGUUUUCUAAGACAAUACCCUGGUGGAAAUCUUUCCCAGAAUCCUAGUAGAUAUUGGAUCUUUAAUCAUCCUAUCAAGAUCCUGUGGGACUCUAAGACUUUGGUAAAUCCUAAUCCUGGACAGAAUCCUGUUUGGGAUCCCGAUAGAAUCUUACAGGAUCCUGGAAAAUAUUUUCACAAGGGGAGUGCAAGAAUUAUGUACUAGACUAAAGAUCAACCACUUACCUCUGGCCAAAAUACCUAAAUCCAUUUUUGGACUACUUGAUUACUUUCAGCAUAUACAUUGUUGCUAUUGUAAAUAAUUAUUGAUAUUUAUUAAUAGAGUGGUUUUCAUUAACCUAUUAAUACAUUCUGAGGUAAUAUACCUUAGAUCCAUUUGUGUUCUUUUAUUUGUACAGCUACUCACCAUACUUUAUAUCAAAGGUUAAUGUAAAUCAUUCUAACUAAAGCAAUAGCACUGAAACUGUGAAACAAGGACUAACUAAAAAGUACAAAUAGUACUAAUUAAGCAAUAGAAAACAAAGGAUUUUGCUACUAUUUGUCUCUAUAGUUAAUAGUAGACAUAUUUUAGUUAUUUCAUGGUUUAAGUGUUAUCGCGCUAUUGGACAAAAUUAUUUAGCUGCUUAUCAGGUGAUCUAAAACAGCAAAGAUACAUGUUAUGUUAACAAAAAGUUUUUUUUGUAAACAAGUGUUAAUCAUUUAAAAAUCUAUGAUGUAAAUGCAUGUCUAAGUUGGCAAAUAACAAACUCAUAGUGACUGGUUUUAAACUAAAAAGCAACAACAAGAUUGUUGAAUUUUUUAAUCAAAUAUUAUUUAUAUAUCUAAAGUCAUCUUGCACAUUGUCAAUAUAAUAUUAAGAACAGGAACAAAAUAAUUUCAAUAUUUAGCAAAAUUAUUUCAAAACAUGACAAUAUUGCUUAAAUUCAUAUCUCUGAUAAAUUCUAUGGCAAAUUAUUGUAAAUUUUAUGUAUCAUUGUGAAUGAUUUCACAUUAUUUUACACCAAUGGACAUGCAAAUAUGUUUUGUUAUUUACAAAAUUCAGUGAUUUUUACUGCAUUUAGAUUGAAAACAAUUUAACUGCAAAAUAAAAAGGAUUAAAUAUU